AUGGCUUCUUCUCUCUUUUCAUCCACUGCUUCUCUUUCUUCUCACUACCAUCUCAUCUUCACAGUCUUAGCCUUUCUCUUAUCAGCCAUCAUUUUCUUCCUCACACAGAAAACCAAAUCCAAAAGCCUCAACCUUCCGCCAGGUCCACCGGGAUGGCCUAUCGUCGGCAACCUUUUCCAAGUUGCGCGUUCCGGGAAACCAUUCUUUGAGUAUGUGAAAGAUAUGAAAGCAAAAUAUGGUUCAAUCUUCACACUCAAGAUGGGAACGAGGACAAUGAUCGUCCUCACGGAUGCGAAACUUGUGCAUGAAGCUUUGAUUCAAAAGGGUGCUCUUUAUGCAACUAGACCACCUGAGAAUCCUACAAGGAACAUCUUCAGUGCCAACAAGUUCACUGUGAAUGCAGCAGUUUAUGGUCCUGUUUGGAAAUCACUGAGGAGAAACCUGGUUCAGAACAUGCUGAGUUCAACUAGACUCAAAGAGUUUAGAACUGUUAGAGAGAAAUCAAUGGAUAAACUCAUCAGUAGGCUUAGUGUUGAAGCUGAGAAGAAUAAUGGUGUUGUUUGGGUUCUCAAAGAUGCAAGGUUUGCAGUUUUCUGCAUACUUGUUGCUAUGUGUUUUGGUUUAGAAAUGGAUGAAGACAAACUUGAGAAAAUAGAUCAAGUUAUGAAGAAUGUUCUCAUCACUUUAGAUCCAAGAAUUGAUGACUUUUUACCAAUCCUAAGCAUGUUUUUCUCUAAGCAGAGAAAAAGAGUUUUAGAAGUUCGAAAAGAACAAGUCGAAUUCAUAGUUCCUUUCAUUGAACAAAGAAGAAGAGCAAUUCAAAAUCCUGGUUCAGAUCAAACAGCUACAACAUUUUCAUAUUUAGACACACUUUUUGAUGUCAAAGUUCAUGAAGGUAAAAAAUCAUCACCUUCUAAUGAAGAAUUGGUUUCGCUUAUCUCAGAGUUUCUGAAUGGAGGAACAGAUACAACAGCAACUGCGGUUGAGUGGGGAAUAGCACAACUCAUUGACAAUCCUGAGAUUCAAGAAAAACUUUAUCAAGAAAUUAAUAUGACAGUUGGAGAUAAAAAAGUAGAUGAAAAAGAUGUUGAGAAAAUGCCUUAUUUACAAGCUGUGGUGAAAGAGUUGUUAAGGAAGCAUCCUCCAACACAUUUUGUACUAACACAUGGUGUUACAGAACCUACAACUUUAGGAGGGUAUGAUAUACCAAUUGAUGCAAACAUUGAGAUUUACACAGCUGGCAUAGGUGUGGAUCCAAAAUUGUGGCCCAACCCUGAGAAAUUUGAUCCUGAAAGGUUCAUUUCUAAGGGUGAGGAAGCUGAUAUAACAGGUGUUACUGGUGUGAAAAUGAUGCCAUUUGGUGUUGGGAGAAGGAUAUGUCCUGGUUUGGCUAUUGGUACUGUGCAUAUUCAUUUGAUGAUGGCUAGGAUGGUUCAGGAGUUUGAAUGGAGUGCUUAUCAACCGGGGAAGAAGAUAGAUUUCACUGGAAAGAUGGAGUUUGCUGUUGUGAUGAAGGAUCCAUUAAGAGCAAAAAUUAAGCCAAGAGGUUAA